ACGAGGUCAUUCUUUGAAAACAGCAGGUCAGAACUGAUCUACUCCAGAAACGGGGACAGCUGGACUAUACAGGUUGGAGUUGUAGGAUCUCCACAACGGUCCAGUUAUACAUUCAAGUUCGGGGAACCAUAUCAGUCCAACAAUAUCGAUGGCUCUCCUCUAAAGGGUGUAGUGCGUCAAGAAGGAUCCCGACUGGUGGAGCGACAUGAGAGCAUCGGACCCAACAACUUUGUGAUGGACAUUGUCCGGGAGGUGCAAGGCGAUAUCAUGAAAUCUUGGACAUCAGUAGGUGGCGUGUCUGUGGAAACCACGUUCAUAAGGGCAUGA